AGCAUUUACCCCGGAUGCACGUUCAACUUGGGCCCUCAAACUGUGACCGAUGAGCAUACAGACCCUGGUAACAUCCCUGUUGUUCCAUGCUCAGUCACCGGCCUGGGGGAUUACGAUCCCAACUUGGGUGGCCAUCUGGUUCUCGAAGAUCUCAAGCUCAUUAUUCGUUUCCCGCCGGGUUCGACCAUUCUUCUUUCGUCCGCCAGUAUCCGGCAUUCGAACAUCCCGAUCCAGAAAGGGGAGAAGAGGUACAGUAUCACCCAGUUCUGUCCUGGCGGCCUUUACAGGUGGGUCCGACAUGGAUUUCGU